GACGAGAAGGCAGUGAUUUUUGAAAACGUGCAAGCGUUUACGUUCAACCAACUGGAUGUGGCCACCGAUCGCUUCCAUCCAUCCAAAAGGAUCGGAGAAGGUGGUUUCGGUUCCGUUUACAAGGGUAGGUUAGAGGACGGGAGAACGGUGGCAAUAAAAGUCCUGUCAGCGGAGUCAAGGCAAGGAGACCGGGAGUUCAUGUCCGAGCUGGCAACCCUGUCCCACAUCACCCACGACAACUUGGUCCACCUCAUCGGCGGCUGCGUCGACGGGCCACGUCGGAUGCUGGUCUACGAGUACAUGGACAACGGCAACCUGGCCCAGAACCUGCUGGACAACAAGACCACACUGCUGAGCAGCUGGGAGGUGAGAAAAGGAAUCGCGCUGGGGAUUGCUGCGGGCCUGGCCUACUUGCACGAGGAGAUCCAUCCACGCAUAGUCCACCGCGACAUCAAGCCCACCAACAUCUUACUGGACCUGGACCUCAGGCCCAAGAUCUCGGACUUCGGGCUGUCCAAAUUCUUCCCCGACGACAUCACCCACAUCACCACCCGAGUCGCCGGCACAUUAGGGUACCUCGCGCCGGAGUACGCAAUCAGCGGGCAUCUGACGAGGAAGCUGGACGUGUACAGCUUCGGCGCAUUGCUGCUUGAAAUCGUGAGCGGGAAAAAGGUUGUGGACUUUGAUCAAACACUUGGUGAGCAGUACUUCCUCGUGGAGAGGGCGUGGAAGCUCUACAAAUCCGACCGACUAGUUCAACUGGUGGAUCCCGUAUUGAUGAAGGAUGACGGGAAUGUCGAAGAAGCAGAGAGAUUCCUCAGAGUUGCUCUGCUUUGCCUUCAGCAGAAGAGCAUCCUGCGUCCCACGAUGUCGGCGGCUCUGAAAAUGAUGAAUGCGACGACGGCGUCGGAUGAGGGAGGUGGCGUUGUGGUGGAGAUUAUGGAGCCCGGGCUGAUCGGAGACUUCAUGGCCGUCAAAAUCGGCCGCCGCCAACAAGACAAUAAGCAGCAGAGUUCCACCACUACUACGACCACAGAAGGAGCUGCCAGUGUUUUGUAA